AUGGCUCGAGCACCUACGGGAUUAUUUAUUGGAAAUAUCCCACUACAUGCAUGCUCGGAUUCGAAUAUAGAUGACAAAAUAGCUCGGGAUUUCAAUAAUUCUACACGCAAGACACUCUCAUAUGUGGCGCCUACAGUACAAAACGGGGAGAUAAUUGUUCGUCCAUCAUUGGACACGAUACGUAAUGGAUCUCAACAUUGGAAAACUACAGCAGUUGGUUAUUUUUUGGAAAAACGACCAUACUAUCACCAUUUAAAGGAAUUUACUCACUCCAUCUGGCCAACACUUCGUGAGGUAACAGCGACAUCGAAUGGCUUCUUCUUCUUUCAGUUCAAAACUGUUAUAGAUAUGGAGGAAAUAAUUGAAGGGGGUCCGUGGUUGUAUCAAGGGCAGCCGAUUGUACGUCAAAAGUGGGAACCGGGCAUGGCUAUGAGAAAAUUAAAGCAUAUACAAGUACUUGUAUGGAUCAAAUUAAGACACCUGCCGAUGGAAUUCUGGACGACGGAAGGUUUGAGGACUGUUGCAAGUGGAGUGGGCAAACCACUUUACCCAGACGCGAUCACUAGAGCAUGUACGAGACUGGAUUUUGCUCGUAUAUGUGUGAUGAUUGAUGUUACCCAGAAGAUGGCUAAACAAAUUAUUAUCAUGACACCGGAUGAAAAUGGAGGAGAGACACCUUGCAGAAUAGAUGUGGAAUAUGAAUGGCUUCCCUUGAAAUGCACAACCUGUAUGACCCUAGGACACAUGGAUAAGGAGUGUACAUUGAACAAACCUCACAAACAGAUGAAACCACCGGUUGCUGU